CUAGUAAUCAUCAUGGGUGUUUUCACAUACGAAUCUGAGGUUGUUACUACAAUCCCACCAGCCAAGAUGUUUAAGGCUUGUAUCCUUGAUGGCGACAAGCUCAUUCCCAAGAUUGUUCCUCAGGCUUUUAAGAGUGUUGAGUUCAUUGAAGGCAAUGGUGAGCCUGGGAGCAUCAAGAAAGUUACUUUUGGAGAAGGAAGCCAAUUCAAUUACAUGAAGCAGAAGGUAGAAGCACUAGACAAGGAAAAUUUUGUGUAUAGUUACAGUGUGAUCGAAGGUGAUGCUUUGAUGAACAUGCUUGAGAAAGUCACUUACGAGACCAAGUUAGAGCCCUCACCAGCUGGGGGAUCCCUAUGUAAGACUACUAGUAAGUAUUACACCAUUGGUGACUUUGAGCUCAAGGAAGAGGGAAUCAGGGCAGGCAAAGAAAAGGCUAUGGGAAUGUUCAAGGCAGUUGAAGCCUACCUCCUGGCAAAUCCUGAUGCCUACUAA